AUGGAAAAUAAUAUUUUUUUAAAUUGUUUUAGAUGGAAAAAAGUAUUGACGGGUAUACGUUCGGAUCAAACGAUAUUCGAUAGAAGCGGUUGGUCUAAAAUUCCAGAUGAUUCUCUACGUUUAAACGUUUUGAUUUUCGGAUUCGAUUCAUUAUCGCAUAACAUGUGGAAAAGACAACUUCCAAAAACUUAUAAAUAUGCCACGGAAAAUAUGAAAGGGAUUCCCCUAAAUGGUUACAAUAUCGUUGGUGAUGGUACACCACAGGCUCUAAUACCUAUUCUGACGGGAAGAACCGAAUUGGAAUUACCGGACACGAGAAAAAGAAAAGGUUCGUACGCGGAAUACGUUAAUGUGUAUCCUUUCAUCUGGAACGAUUAUAAAAAAAAUGGAUACGUUACGGCAUGGAGCGAAGAUAUGGUUAACGUGGGAACGUUUACGUAUAGAUUAAAAGGUUUCAAAGAACAGCCUGUUGAUCAUUACAUGAGAACGUUUUACAUAGAAGCCUCGCCUAAAUUCGAUAGAGAAGAAAAAUUUUGCUACGGAGGAAUGUCACGAUUCAAUAUAAUGUUAGAUUUUAUGAAUAAUAUGUAUGAAGUGUACAGAGAUAAACCGAAAUUCGUUUUUGCAUUUCAUUCCGAAUACAGUCACGAUUCGAAUAAUUGGGUCGUCAACGCCGACGACGAUACAUAUAAUUGGCUUAAGGGAUUCAAUAAAAAAGGAUAUUUUAAUAAUACAUUAUUGAUAUUAAUGAGCGAUCACGGUUCUAGGUUUGCCGAAGUGAGAAACACGCAGCAGGGUAAACAAGAAGAAAGACUUCCAGGUUUCAUAUUUGUUUUUCCUCCAUGGUUUGAAAAAAAAUAUCCCGAAGGUUAUGCGAAUUUUUUAAAUAAUGCCAAUAAAUUAACGACUCCAUUCGACAUACACGAAACACUAAAGGACGUUUUGCACUUUCGCGGAAGCGGAAAAGGAAAUUUAAUAAAUAGAGGAAUAAGUUUAUUCAAAGAGGUACCAGGUUCGAGAACUUGUUUAGAUGCUGGAAUCGAACCGCAUUGGUGUUCUUGUUUAGAAUGGACGCCACUCGCGGCUCAAAAUAUUAUCGUAAAACAAGCCGCACAAUAUUUAAAAAAUUAUCUCAAUAGCCUAACUGCCAAUCAUCGUAAUUUAUGCGCCAAAGUACGCCUUCACAAGAUAAUAUGGAGUGCCAAAUUAAUACCUAAUAAACACAUGUUAAAAUUUAAAGAAAAUUCCGAUUACGAUGGUUUCGUUGGUAAAAUGACGGAUAAAACGGACAUAUUGAAUGAAAUAUAUCAAUUGAAAGCAUCGUUUAAUCCUGGCGAUAUGAUAUUCGAAGCGAGUAUUAAUUAUCACACGAAAACGAAAAUAUUUACAACAUCCGAAAAAGACAUAAGUAGAAUAAAUAAAUAUAAACAAAUGACGCAAUGUAUUGAAAAAGCCAACAUACUUCAUCAUUUGAGAAAAUUUUGUUAUUGCGUCGUUUAA